CCGCUAUCCAUCACACUGGCUUAGCUUCAUAACCUCCUCCGCACAUGACUCCUCCAUUCAAACAAAGACUUUCAGCACAUUCAACAAGUAUGUUCGCAAUCUUGGACGCGCCAUGCUGGAGUGGGGAAAGCCCACCGGCUCAAUUAUCGUCGUAUACCUUACCGAGCACCAAGACAAUAUGGCCGCUAUCUGGGCCUGUAUCAUGGCUGGCUAUGUCCCUUGCUUGCAGCCUGCACUUAGUGCACAACAGGCGCACAAGGACGCGCAUGUUGCUCAUAUCAAGAACUUGUUUGGGUCCGCUAUUUGGCUCACCAGCGAGCUUGGUGCUGAGCAGAUCGGCACCAUUUCUGGUCUGGAAGUUCACUUGUUCUCCGAGUUGAAAGCCUCUGCAGAGAGGUUCACUGUCCCAGCUGACUGGAUUGCGUAUGAGCCUAAGCCCGACGACAACGCUAUGUUCUUCCUGACUUCCGGCUCGACUGGAUUUUCAAAGGUGGUCGUGCACACGCACCGUACCAUUCUUGCUGCUUGUCGUGCCAAGGAGCAACGCUUCGGCCCGCCUUCAGAGUUUCGAGUCUUAAACUGGGUCGGAUUUGAUCACGUCGCGGGGGCCUUGGAAAUGCACGUCACGCCUCUUCUAUUUGGUGCUUCACAAGUUCAUGUGCAUGCAUCUGUGAUUCUUUCCGAUUCCGUUCGCCUGCUCCGUCUGAUCGACGAAAAUUCCAUUGGUCUGGCUUUCGCACCCAACUUCCUGCUGGCCAAGCUCACUCGUGAUCUCGAGAAGCGCACCGACCUUUAUGGAUCUUUCGACCUGUCCUCCAUCAAGCGGAUCAUCAGCGGAGGUGAAGCAGUAGUUUCGAAGACUGCAAAAGCCUUCGCUGCUACCAUGAAAAAGCUUAGCAAGAAGCCCUCCGCAGUGUCCUUCAUAAUCUCUGCUGGAUUUGGAAUGACAGAAACUUGCGGUGGAUGCAUUUAUGACCCGGUCAAUAUUUUUGCAACUGAACCAGCUCGCGAGUUCCUUGAUCUCGGACGCCCUGUCAAAGGUUGCGAGAUGCGCAUAGUUGACCCUGUUGAUGCCACCACCCCGCGCCCCGAUGGCGAGAGCGGCGAGCUUCAGGUUCGCGGUCCAAUGAUAUUCGUAGGCUACUACAAAAAUCCGGAGGCCACGUCCUCUAGCUUUGUCGAGGGUGGCUGGUACCGCACUGGUGAUGUGGGUAUCAUCGAGAAUGGCGUCAUGCGCCUUAUUGGUCGUAUCAAGGACACGGUCAUUAUCCAUGGUGUCACAUACGGUAUCCCCGAGCUUGAAACACAUCUCCAGACUGUAGAAGGCGUCACGCACUCAUUCCUUGUUGCUGCACCCUACCGUGUUCCUGGACAGGAGACCGAAGGGUUCGCCAUUUUCUACUCGCCAUCUUUCGACCUCAAUGGAGCAGACGCGCCCACCAAGCUCUUUGCUACGCACCGCUCCCUACGCGAUAUUUCUGUCAAGAUGAUCACCCAGCCACCUCAACUGAUCAUUCCUAUCCCUGCUAGCCAGAUGGAGAAGACAACUCUGGGAAAACUCUCUCGAGCGCGCCUCGUCAUCCUCUUCCAGCAAGGCGGGCUGGCGAAGCAUAUCACCCGUGCUGAGGAGCUUCUUAACGAGGCACGCGGGGCUUCCUUCGUCGCCCCCUCUACCAAAACAGAAAAGGCUCUUGCCAAGAUAUAUGCAGGUAUCUUAAACCUCGCAGAAAACGAGGUGUCUGUGAUCGACAACUUCUUUGAAUUCGGCGGUACCUCUAUCGAUGUUCUCAGGGUCAAGCGGGAGGCAGAGGCGCAUUUUGGCCUGCCCGAAAUUGACGCUAUCCAAUUCCUCAAGCACCCUGAUGUCUCGAGCCUGGCCAACUAUAUCAACACCUUGCUCUCUGAGGAUAAUCGGAUUGAGGAAUACGACCCUGCCGUUCCCCUCCAGGUGACAGGAGACAAGACUCCUAUCUUCUUCGUGCACCCCGGUGUUGGAGAGGUUCUUGUUUUCAUCAAUCUUGCCAAAUACUUCCAGAAUGAGCGUCCCUUCUAUGCACUCCGUGCUCGUGGCUUCGAGCCUGACCAGCCCUUCUUCAUGUCCAUGGACGAGAUGGUUUCCUGUUACACCGCGGCUGUCAGAAGAAAACAGCCGAAGGGACCAUACGCCAUCGCCGGUUACUGUUAUGGCGGUUUGAUGGCUUUUGAAAUAGUCAAGCGCCUGGAGGCCAUGGGCGAAGAAGUAAAGUUUUUGGGUCUCGUCAACGUUCCACCUUUUAUCGCCAAACACAUGCAAGAUAUCGACCUGAUCUGCGUGCUCCACGUGUCGUUCUUCCUCGGUCUUCUGUCGAAACAUGAAUCUGAAAAUAUGGCGCCUACGCUGAAACCGCUCACUAAGAAGGAAAGGGUCGAUGUCGUGUGGGAUAUGGCGCCUCCCGAACGUCUCACUGACCUUCAGCUGACGCCUGAGAAGCUUGCACAUUGGGUGGAGGUCUCUGCGUCUCUCAUGCGCUGCGGAAAGGGAUACGAACCGUCGGGCACAGCUCCCGCCAUCGAUGUUUUCUACGCGGUACCCCCUCGCGGCCCGGAAGACAAGGUUAACUGGCUCAACAAUGAGCUCAAGCCAUGGACUGCCUUCAGCCGCAACGACCCAGCUUUUACUGACGUGCCUGGGGAACACAACACGCUCAUGGACUUUGAUCACGCCUCGCAGUUCCAGAAGCUCCUCCGCGGUCGUCUCGAGGCUCGUGGGCUGUAAAGUUUUGAAUCUAACGGUUUGGGGCGACAUGCAUGGAAUAAGUUGGUAUAUCGUGUGUAUCCGUAUCUCAAAAUUGUUUCAUGUAACAUUACUGUGAGUACAUCGACAAAGCUUGG